AUGGCGUCGAUCCGACAAACGGAGACUUGGCAUCGUCGAUUGUCGCUAGGAGAUCUUUCGCCAGGGCCGGAUCCUGGAAUUGUCCCCUGCUGCCCUGGGCCGUGGCUGCGGAUGCGCAUGGAACACAAAUGGCGUGCGAUCGAAUGGGCAAUUGACCAAAAGGUUGAUAUCAUCAUCAGCAGGGUUGUUCGAUUUUUUAACGUCGAUGACGAACUGGAUAGCCCGUUGGUUCACGCCAUAAAGUGGGCAGUGCAGCAGAACAUACUCAUCUUCAGCUCAACGGCCGACGUCGGCGCGGAGUCCGGUCACAAUUUCUGGCCUGUCAAUCCGAGUAACAUGAUUGCCGUUUCCGCAUCCGACGAACUGGGCCAUCCUCUACUGCGAUCGGACCAUGACGUGCACGCCGCGUUCGAAGGUGAAAAGAUCCAGGUCGAGGGACCCAAGUACAUCAACAAGAAAAGCGAGCUUGCCCUUCCAAGCUAUGCGUCCGGCUCCUCGGUAAGCACAGCUCUGGCUGCAGGUCUAGGCUCUCUGUGUCUGUUUCUUGCGCGUAUGGCCAAUGAAUCGGACAGGCAGGCGGAGAGAUUCUGCGGGCGCUCCCGUCUCGAUUUAUCGCAGACUUUGGCAGGAUCAUUUAUGGCACGGAUCCUCGUCCAGUCGGGUUGGAUAAGUUUGAAUUCUCUAACUUAA